AUCACUAAUAAAAAUUAGCAUCUGUUUAGCAUCUGUAAUAAAAACAAAUUCUUGACAAAAAAAAAACUAUGGUUAAAUAAAGAAUUCAAGAGAUUUUUCAAAAUGACUCUCAAUCUGGGUGGCUGGAUACACAGCUUCACGGUGACGGAUACGCAACAACACAAAGGAGGCUACACAAUCUAUAAAAUCACAUCGAUUGUUUUUCCGCGCUCAGUACCUCAAGCAUUGACAUGCUUGGUAGUCUGGAAAAGAUUCCAUGAGAUUAAACGAUUGCAUCGAGAGCUGAGCCGUCGGCAUAAGCAACUUCAACUGCCAGGAAAAUUGCCUGUGCCCACAGACUCCAGUUAUUUCAAACGCUUUGAUGCGGAGGUGAUACAACGUCGCAAGGAGUACAUACUGGAGUUGAUGGAUAUAGUGGCUCAACAUCCGGCUCUGUAUAAAUGUAAUACGUUCACUCAGUUCUUCAGCGAGAAGCAGUCACCCAACGGGUCGCCCCUGAAGAAAAUGUAUGUAGAGCGCACAUUAAAAGCAGCAGACGGAUACACAGAAAAUCCGGCUGGAGCCAUUGCUGAUAUUUGCGACGAAUUGGAUUUACCGUAUGAUCCUCUUGAUGCUGGGGGGAUCAAUCCCCUAGAUCCUAGAUGCGAUAAAGAACAAAUAAAUAAAGAUAUUGAAGAGUCAGAAGACGAAAAUCAGCAACAAGAGCAUGAUGAGAUAGAACACCCAAAACUCAGCAUGUUGACGCCCAUGGCUUCUGUGGAGGAACCCACAGAAGAAACGGAAUGUGAUUUUAGCGAUUAUAUCUACGAGGCCGCCCUAGAAUUUAGUCACGCUGUCCAGGCCGAAGUCAAUCUCGAGUAUCCAUUGGCCCAUGAGCACUAUAAAAAAGGAGUGGAUCUUUUACUUGAAGGCUCCAAGUUGGAUUCAAAUGAGGAACGCAAAUUCAUAGCCAAGGCUAAAAUAGCUAAAUAUUUGGCGCGUGCCGAUGACAUACAAACAAACUUCCUGCUACAUCCUCUGAAGAGAUUACCAUUUCAGUUGUCUUUGGAUAGUCCCAGUGUGAAGCGAUUGGAAUUACCAUGGAAUCAAUUGGCCAAAUAUAAAGUUUUGCGGGUAAUUCAAGAGAAAGUCAUGCUGGUGCAAUGCAUUACCAAGCCCUACGAACCGUUGGCCAUAAUGAAGGGGAUCGAGAAACCUUCGAGCAACUCGCUGACGCAGAGUAUCUUUCUGCCACAACAGGUGCCAUAUAUGGCGCAAUUGAUCAAUUAUUUUCAAUCGGAACAAAAGAUAUUUUUGCUCCUGAAGCAGGCAGAAGGUGGAAGACUCUUCGAUUACUUGUCGAGCUAUAAACCCGUGUUGGGCAAACAUUUGGAUAAUUAUGAGGAAUUAUUUCCAAGCGAAGAGCAAACGCAGGAAUUGAAUCUCACUAAAGAAAGUGAUGUGCAAGAUUUGGUUGAUAGCUCCAAGCAAUUAAUUAACUCGGUUUCACACACCUUACGCAAUUUGAAUGUUGACCCAAACUCUCACGGUUCAUCUCGGCAAUCUCCCAAGCAUUGCCUCUUACCGGAUUCGUGUCUUCGUCAAUGGGCUUGCGAGCUGGCUAUAUCGAUAAAUGGUCUUCAUGGCAAGGGAAUUAUAUUGCGUGAUCUACACAUGUCAAAUAUUCUGUUGGGUUCCAAGGGUCAAUUAAUGCUUACGUAUUUCUAUCAGAAUGAGGGUUUAAGUUCCGAUGAUAAUUAUGUUCACAAGGCCUUAAGUCUGGAGGCCUUGGAGCAGCAUUUUGUUGCACCAGAAAGGCCAUUUACCUUUCGCUCCGAUUGGUGGAGCUACGGUGUGGUACUCUAUCAGCUGUUGGUUGGUGUGUCGUUUAAAUCGUUGCAUCCUGGUCAAUUGGAAUUGUACAGUUGUGUUCAAUAUCCAGCUGAAUCUUUGGAUAUAUCGGCCAAUGCUAAAGAUCUAUUAGAGCAAUUAUUACAACUGCAGCCAGAGCUAAGGUUGGAUUAUGAUCAGAUUAUGAUGCAUCCAUUUUUUGAGGGAUUGGAUUGGCAGGAUGUUCUGGCAAAUGGUUAUCAGAGGGGAGCGCUCCUUAGUUAAUUGGUGCUUCUUUAUAACCUCUCCAUAUACCAGUUCGGCUCAAAUUGCUAAUAAGGCACAUUUCGAAUGCAUCAGGAAUUUGUAGAACUAACUUAAUUAUAUUUUUAUUUAACUAUGGCAUAUAUGUUGUUAUCUAUCUAAUCCAGAAAACCAAGAAUCAUCUUUAAGUUUUGGCAAGACUUGUUCGAUUUUGUUGUUGUUGCAACUUA